GAGGGAAAGCGGCGAGUAAGAUGGAAGAUGAGGAGGUCGCUGAAAGCUGGGAGGAGGCGGCAGACAGCGGGCAGGAAAUCCAAAUCUCCUCCCAAAGUGCCCAUUGUGAUUCAGGACGAUAGCCUUCCCACGGGGCCCCCUCCACAGAUCCGCAUCCUCAAGAGGCCCACCAGCAAUGGUGUGGUCAGCAGCCCCAACUCCACCAGCAGGCCAGCCCUUCCUGUCAAGUCCCUAGCGCAGCGUGAGGCGGAGUACGCCGAGGCCCGGAAGCGGAUCCUGGGCAGCGCCAGCCCCGAGGAGGAACAAGAGAAACCCAUCCUCGACAGGCCAACCAGGAUCUCCCAACCUGAGGACAGCAGGCAGCCCAAUAAUGUGAUCAGACAGCCUUUGGGUCCAGAUGGGUCACAGGGCUUCAAACAGCGCAGAUAAAUGCGUGUGGGAAAGGAUGCCGCCGCUGCCGCCGCCGCCUCUUGGGUCGUCCGCCACGGGUCGCACUGCUGUGGCAGACAGCUGGACUUGAGCAGAGGGAACGACCUGACUUACUUGCACUGUGAUCCCCUUUGCUCCGCCCACUGUGACCUUGAACCCCAUGCACUGUGACCUCCCUCCUUCCCCCCCCUUCCCACUGUGAUUGGCACGUCUACAAGGGCUGUCCCAAGUCAAUGGAAAGGGAAAGGGUGGGGGUCAGGGGAGGGUUGGGGGGACCCACGAAGGACUCAGAGUAGAGAGUCAGACAGUGCCACUUGGCCACUUGGGGUAAAGCCAGUGCCAGCAAUAACAGUUUAUCAUGCUCAUUAAUUUGGGAUUUCAAAACACAGAUGAGAAUUCCCGUCCACCCACCUGCAAGUGCAUGUCUUCAUCACUUAAAAGCAAGUUCCAUUUGAAAAUAUCCUUUCUUUUUUUUUCUCCUUCCUAUUUUUGUUUGUUUAUACAAAUAUCUGAUUUGCAAGGAAAAGUGCAUGGGAGGGGUUUUAGCAGUUUAAUGAAUUUUUAAUUGAGAAAGGGUAGUUUGGUAGUCUACUUAAAAAUGUUUCUGGGAAAUUCACUAGGAACAUUAACCAAUAGGACUUUGGUGAGCUUAGCUUCUGUAUUCCUACUGCCGCCCAGAGAAGGGGCAGGGCUCCGCAGCCCCCCGGACAGAUGAGCACCCCAUGCCUAUACCUCCCUCCCUCAGCUGAGUCCCAGGGCAUCUAGGCCCUACGUGGAGACUGAGCUAGCUGUACGGGCUCAGAGAGCCUGGGGAGGGUGCCAACCCCACCUCUAGUAUUUUGGGAGAUAGGGAAAGUGAACAGACUUCCCCUUCCCAUACCCCUCAGGGUGGUUCCCUGCCAGCCAGGCUUGCUCCUUUUGGAAGAGAGCAGGGAGUGAGAUGCACUCCGGGCUCGGAAGUAAGGGAUGUGAGACUUGCUCAGUCUUGCUGAGACUUGCUGCUCCGAGGAGAGCCAGGAGAGAGUGGCUCCAGGACUCUGAGCCUCCUGCCCAGUGUGCUCAGAAGGUGGCUAGAUCUUCCCACUCCAGCAAUGCUUAAACUCUCAAGGGUCUGUGGAGCACCAUCUCUGUUGAUGGCACCAGCUUGGUAACCACGCCUGGUACAUUUCCUUUGUGAAAUCAUGACCCUGGGAGCUGACCAUUCAUUUGGGAAAAGGCAAGCUGUGCAUUGCAAAGAUUGGUGGUGACAGACUGGUUCCCCAUAGACCCAGGCUACCCUUCACCCAUUUUUCCAGAGCGAGGGCCUGGAAUGAAGGCAGUUUCCCCUCUGUCCCUAGAGCCUAGAGAUUUGCUUUGGCUCUUUAAGCUGGAAGAGGCUAAGGGCAACUGCGCAGAGCAGCUGUGUGUGUGUGUG